CAUGAUUAAAAGUAGAAAUAAUUAAAGUAAAUGGAUCAAAAAAAUUGGUUUAGCCUUAAUCAACGCCGCAUUAGCUUGAAGUCUCUCUGAGUUUUCUCAGGGUUGCUCUUAUUAAACAGAGGAUUGAUGUUGCUUAGCAUGAGUUUUAUAGUUGAGCUCCGAAGCUAGUCCACGCCCAAGUAGCUGAUCAUGGAUUCCGCAUCCAACUACAGCAGAAAAGAAAAUGGAGGAACCAGCAGCUCAAGUGUUCCUGCUACCGGGAAUAGUUUCGAACAAGUUGUAAAUGGUAAUGAUGAGACUGAAGGCAAGCGGCGAGCAUACUUAGUAGAAUGGUUAAAUAGUUUAGUUCCUAAUCUAGGUUUACCAACAGCUGCUUCUGAUGAGGACUUGAGAUCGUGCUUGAUCGAUGGUACUGUUUUAUGUUGGAUAUUGAACAAGCUUAGACCUGGUCUUGUUGAUGAGAACUUGGUUCCACCCUCGGAAAAAGUUGCAAGGUUUCUGGCAGCUAUGGAUGCGCUAGGGCUGCCGAAGUUUGAUAUGUCCGACCUAGAGAAGGGUUGUAUGAAGGCUGUCACAGAAUGUCUUUUAACACUUAAAGCACAAUUUAUGCCAAAUGUCAUGGGUUAUGGUGUAUCUAUAACUAGUCCGACGACUAAAUCUGGCAGCCAAUCUUCCCGUGUCCAGCUUCCUCCAUUAUCUGUAGAUGACAUGCGGAAGGUCUUGUCUGAGUCAAAAUUUCAUCGCGCAUUGCGUAGUCCUGUUAUGUCAGGAGAGACGUCACCUUUACUCAUGCAUCAUGUCGGACAUAAGUUCCACGAGGUGUUUCAGUUGAAGCAAGGAGGCUACGCGGAUCUUCCUGCUGCGAAAAUUUCAGAAAUGAUGAAACCAAACAGUUUAGAUCAUCUCUUGUUGCAGAACGCUCCAACGCAGUCACUUUUGAGUGUCGUAAAUGGAAUCCUCGAUGAAAGUGUUGAAAGAAAGAAUGGUGAAAUACCCCAGCGUGUGUCUUGUCUUCUGCGAAAAGUUGUCCAGGAGAUUGAGCGGCGAAUAUCAACUCAAGCGGAGCAUUUAAGAACUCAAAACAACCUUUUUAAGGCUCGUGAAGAGAAAUACCAGUCAAGAAUCCGAGUACUUGAAACACUUGCAUCCGGAACCAGUGAGGAAAGUGAGCUUAUCAUGAACCAUCUUCAGCAAAUAAAGAAUGAGAGAACCCGAAUGGAAGCAAAGAAGAAAACCGAUGAUGAGGAUGUGAUCAGAUUAAUGAAAGAGAAGGAUCAAUGCAACCUUGAAAUUUCAGGAUUGAGGCAAGAGUUGGAUAUAGCGAAAAAGACAUAUGACCUGCGUUGCUUGCAAAUGGAAACGGAAGCAAAAGGUGCUAGAGCGGAGCUUGAAGAGAGGACAAAAGAACUUGAACGUCUCUUGGCAGCGUCGAGGAGUAAGGUGAAGGAGCUCCAGGAAAAUUCCGAGUCAAAACAUCAGUCUAAUAAAUCAGAACUUGAAGAGAGAGUAAAAGAACUUGAACGUUCUUUGGCAGAAUCAAGGAAUAAAGUGAAAGAACUCGAGGCAAGUUCCGAGUCCAAAUAUCAGUUUUCUAAAGCAGAGCUAGAAGGGAGAAUAAAAGAACUUGAACGCCUCUUGGCAGAUUCAAGGAAUGAGGCGAAGCAGCUUUCAGCGAAUUCAGAGUCGAAAUAUAAAAGUUGGACCAAGAAACUGCGUGUUUACCAGAGCUCUAUGGAUCUUCAACUUGGUUCACUAAAGGAAUUAAGGUUAUCUUCAGAAUCCAUUAAGCAAGAAGUUUUGACGGCAGGACAGAAUUACGCGGUGAACUUUAAUCACUUAGGAGUGAAGCUUCAAGCAUUAGCAGACGCGUCCGAGAACUAUCAUGCACUUCUCGCUGAAAAUAGGAAGUUAUUUAAUGAAAUUCAGGAUUUAAGAGGAAACAUCAGAGUCUUCUGUCGAAUAAGACCAUUUCUGCCUGGACAAAAGGAAAAGAAGACAUCGGUAGAACAUAUUGGUGAAAAUGGGGAACUGGUAGUUGCAGACCGCUCCAAACCAGGGAAAGAGGGUCAUCGAUUGUUCAAGUUUAAUAAGGUCUAUGGUUCAGAUGCAACUCAAGCUGAAGUAUACGCUGACACACAACCGUUGAUACGAUCUGUGCUUGAUGGAUACAAUGUUUGUAUUUGUGCUUAUGGUCAAACUGGAUCCGGGAAAACCUACACGAUGACUGGUCCUAAUCAAGCAACUAAAGAGAACUGGGGGGUCAACUACCGGGCCUUAAACGACCUUUUUGACAUCUCUCAAUGUAGAAAAGGCUCCAUUACAUAUGAAAUUGGAGUCCAAAUGGUUGAAAUAUACAACGAACAGGUGCGCGAUUUGCUAUCCAGUGAUGGCGCUCAGAAGAAACUUGGGAUUAUGACCCACUCUCAACCCAACGGGUUAGCUGUGCCAGAUGCUAGCAUGCACCCCGUGGAAUCAACCUCAGAUGUAAUAAAAUUGAUGGGAAUUGGGUUUAAGAACCGAGCUGUUAGUGCCACUGCUUUAAACGAAAGAAGUAGUCGCUCUCAUAGUGUUGUUACAGUACAUGUACGUGGGAAGGAUUUGAAGACUGGUUCCGCUUUGAUUGGUAACCUUCAUCUUGUAGAUCUCGCGGGAAGUGAAAGAGUAGACCGUUCUGAGGUAACAGGAGAUAGGCUCAAGGAAGCACAACAUAUAAACAAAUCAUUAUCUUCUCUUGGAGAUGUCAUAUUUGCUCUUGCACAAAAGAGCCCUCAUGUACCUUACAGAAAUAGCAAGCUCACUCAAGUCCUUCAAAGCUCUCUCGGUGGGCAAGCAAAAACGCUUAUGUUUGUGCAGCUAAAUCCUGACGCAAGUUCAUUUUCCGAAAGUUUAAGUACUCUAAAGUUUGCUGAGAGGGCUGCCGGAGUUGAGUUGGGGGCUGCAAAAAGCAACAAAGAGGGCCGGGAUGUUAGGGAAUUAAUGGAACAGGUAGCGUCUCUCAAAGACACGAUUGCUAAGAAGGAUGGCGAGAUUGAGCGAUUGCAAUUACUUGAUGGCCACAGUGAGAAGCGUGGGACGAGCUCAUUUAGUACUCAUAAGCUCCAGAAGUCCAUGCAUGACAUUAAACAGCAAAAUGAUUUCCUCGGGCAAUCAUCAAAGAUUGCCGGAGGUGAUGACAUAGGUCAGAAUAAACCUACAGAUCAUGCUGAGAACUUAGCAUCUGGAGAUGCAGAUUCUGAGGGGAAAUUAAGUGACUUAUCUGACGGUGGUCUUUCUGCUGGAACAGAAACUGAUGGCUCUACCGACAGCAUGAAUUAUCCCGAAAGCACGAAAUCUGACCCCUCGGAAAGGCCUAAAAGGAUUAGUAGGAUUCCGCGACCCUCGCUUAAACCAGGAACAACUUCUUCACCUUCGGCAUCAGGAUCAAAGAGCGCUGCGAAGGUACCGUCAGGCAUGAGAAAAAGUAACAGUUCUUCGUCGCUGAAGCCGGUUGCGAAAAGUUGGAAAUAAUUAGAACUCAAUCACUACAAUAAUUUCUCUUCUCAAUUUUUUUAUAUACAUGUAUAGAGUUUUGUUUAGAUGCAAUUUUCUGAAAAUUUUAACAUCUCCUACCCUAGCUUUCUAAUUACGUAACUUUUUGUUGAGUGAGCUCUAAUGCAAUUAUGUAAAUGUAUAUAAUCAAACCAAUGAGCGUUGUGUAUAACCAAUCAGGAUCCCUUUUUUUU